UGCAGCGCGAGCGACCAGGGCACCUAGUCGCCCCUGUUGCGAGCCCAGCAGCCAAGAAGGAGGGCAGAAGCGGACUGGCGAGUGGCUGCAGAGGGCUGGUUCACCGAGUUUGGCCAGCGGGGAGGACUCGGCUGCAGGGACUGCCCUCCUUCCCCACGCCUGCAGCCAGCAGCGGACUCGCCUUGGAGCAGCUCCUGUCCAGCAAGAGCAGGAGGCCUGAGGUCUGCCUCCAAGAAGUAAAGCCUGAGACUCCGCUGAGCACGGGAGAACCGCUGCCCUUGGGAGUGGCUGUGCGGAAGCCGCCUGGUGGGGGCGGUGGGCCAAUCGCAGGGACCCGGAGCCAGGAACCAGCCCUCCUGCCAUGGGAGGGGCUGUGGUGGACGAAGGCCCCACCGGUGUCACGGCCCCUGAUGGGGGCUGGGGCUGGGCCGUGCUCACGGGCUGCUUCGUCAUCACGGGCUUCUCCUACGCCUUCCCCAAGGCGGUCAGCGUCUUCUUCAAAGAGCUCAUGCGUGAGUUUGGCAUUGGCUACAGCGACACGGCCUGGAUCUCGUCCAUCCUGCUCGCCAUGCUAUACGGCACAGGCCCACUCUGCAGCGUGUGUGUGAAUCGCUUUGGCUGCCGGCCAGUCAUGCUGGUGGGUGGUCUGUUGGCGUCCCUGGGCAUGGUGGCCGCAUCCUUCUGCAAGAGUGUCAUCCAGCUGUACUUCACCACUGGCGUCCUUACAGGCUUGGGCUUGGCGCUCAACUUCCAGCCAUCGCUCAUCAUGCUCAACCGGUACUUUAACAAGCGGCGCCCCAUGGCCAAUGGGCUGGCGGCGGCGGGCAGCCCCGUGUUCCUGUGUGCGCUGUCCCCACUGGGCCAGCUGCUGCAGGACCACUAUGGCUGGCGGGGCGGCUUCCUCAUCCUGGGUGGCCUGCUGCUCAACUGCUGCGUGUGCGCCGCGCUCAUGCGGCCCCUGGAGGCAGCUGGCGUGGGGCCCGGGCCCCAGAGGCCCUCCCGGCGGCUGCUGGACCUGAGCGUCUUCAGGGACCGUGGCUUCGUGGUCUACGCGGUGGCUGCCUCCGUCAUGGUGCUGGGGCUCUUUGUGCCGCCCGUGUUCGUAGUGAGCUACGCCAAGGACCUGGGCGUGCCAGACGCUCGGGCCGCCUUCUUGCUGACGGUCCUGGGCUUUGUCGACAUCUUCGCCCGGCCCGCUGCCGGAUUCAUCACAGGGCUCCCCAGGGUGCGGCCCUACUCUGUCUACCUCUUCAGCUUCUCUAUGUUCUUCAACGGCGUCACCGACCUCACGGGCUCCACGGCCGGCAACUACAGCGGCCUGGUGGUCUUCUGCAUCUUCUUCGGCAUCUCCUACGGCAUGGUGGGGGCCCUGCAGUUCGAGGUGCUCAUGGCCAUCGUGGGCACCCACAAGUUCUCCAGUGCCAUCGGCCUCGUGCUGCUGCUGGAGGCCAUCGCCGUGCUCAUCGGGCCCCCGUCUGGAGGCAGACUCCUGGACGCCACGCACGUGUACCAGUUCGUGUUCCUUCUGGCCGGGGCGGAGGUGCUGGCCGCCUCCCUGCUGCUGCUACUGGGCAACAUCUGCAUUAGGAAGCGGCCAGGGGCGGCCGCCAAGGAGGAGAAGGGCCACGAGCCCCCUGUGGAUGACAGGGACGGUGUGGACUCGAGGGAGGUGGAGCAGUUCCUGAAGGCGGAGCCCGAGAAAGCGGGAGAGGUGGCUCACACCCCGGAGACGAGCGUCUGACUGGUGCGGCCGGGAUGCUGGGACACUGAGCCGAGGCCUCGGGGCUUGUAUUUAUUUCACAGACAGGACUGGCUCAGGCGGGCCCCCGGCUCCCCACGGUGGAUCAUCGCCCAUCACUGUUUUUCGGGGGAGGUGGUGGAUGGGAACCGCGUCAUUCCAAAGCAGAUCUGUGGUGAAGUCAAGCUCGAGGUUACAGGCCGUCUGCACCAGACACCCAGCCUGCUGAGCUGCCAGGUGCCCACAGCUGGGCUCAAGGACUUAGAAACCCGGCUUCAGAGACAUUCUUCAGGGGGUGGGGCCGAGCACAGCCCUGCAUCGGGCUUGCCCCCUGGGCCUGCCUCCCAUACUCACCACCCCCGGGGGGGCCCCCCGCCCGCCUGUCCCGUGUCUGGGGGCAUAGCUCCCCGCCUCUGCCUCUGGAGGGUCUGGAAUAAACUUGUGUGUCAGGGCAGCUGAGUCUGGCGGAA